AUACACUAUUGGAACGAUAUUUUCCUAUCUAUAUCGAACAGUACGCAUGGCUGUCAACGUGAGAACGAAAUUGUCUUAACUUAACUGAUCUUAACAACGCUGAAGUGUACCAAGCUUAACGGUAUUGUCCGAUUGAUUUCACGUUCAGAGUGAACCAAAAUUUUUCUGCUACUCAAUAACACGUUUUUCUAAAUACAUCUUCAUACACACAUCUUUGAAUAGUUGUGUGAUCGGUACAUUGGUGUGUAUAGUGCGUGAGCAAUUGGUGGUAACGUUGAAUCAUCAGAAGCAAUUGUCAAUCUGAUCUCAUCAGACACAAGAUUUAUCAUUAUGUGCGCGAAAAUGGCUUUUCAGCAUCAAGCUGGCACUGCUAUGGAAUGUUUAAGCAUACCAAUUAUAUUGGUAAAAGAAACGGAUGUUAAUGAAAAUGGGGAAGAAGUGAUGAAAUGUGGCUUUAAAAUUGGAGGUGGAAUUGAUCAAGAUUUCAGAAAAAGUCCUCAGGGUUAUACAGAUAAUGGUAUAUAUGUAACUGAAGUACAUGAAGGAUCACCAGCAGCAAAGAGCGGUCUUCGUAUACAUGAUAAAAUUUUACAGUGCAAUGGGUAUGAUUUUACAAUGGUAACUCAUAAAAAAGCAGUAUCAUAUAUCAGAAAGCAUCCAGUAUUAAAUCUAUUAGUAGCCCGUAAAGGAGUGACAAGUACUUAAAUACCAAAUAAGAGAUCAAUUUGGUCUAAGAAGAAUAUUUAUUUCGCUCUAUACAAUAACAAAGUCAAUUUAUUGGAGCUAUAUGUCUGCCAAAUAUUGUAUUAGAUUAUGACCAGUAGUAAGAUAUCUUUGAGUUAGUUGUCACAAAAUGAUUAAAUACUUUGUAUUUUAAUUUCUAUUUUUAAAACAUAUUCGUAACAAUUAUUUACGAUUCCAAUUAUAAUAGGGCAUAAUGUUAAUUGAUGCACACUCACUGAUUGUUAUGGUUACAUUGCAGGCAUAAUAUCCGUUUCUAAUUGCAAUAAAAAUAAAGCAUUAGAGCAAUAGAUAUAUAUGUAUAAAGGUCCUGUUAUGGUUCGUUAUUGUUGUUGAAAAAAAUGUGAUUGUAUGGAAAUGUUUUUCUGAUAAUGGCUAAUGAUGCUAUCAUUUAUGUAAAAUUAUGCUUAAAAAGCGUGAUUUAGAUGCGCCUGCGUAAAAAUCGUACUAUAUAAUGUUUAUUGUAUAUCAAAAUUUGCAACAAUAUUCCUUGUGCCAAACAGUAACUGCUGCGCUGGGUCCAUAUGAAUAUUUCUUAACACUAUGUAUAUAUUUACAUACAAAAAGAAGUCUUAUUUGAAUGACAAGAAAGUGAAGCGUAUUUCUUGAUUGGUUUUUUAACAAAAGAAAUAAUUAUAUGGAUGAGAAAGUCAUUUUAAUUUUUUAAGUAUUUCUAUAUUGUAAAAUAUAUAACAGAAUGCCAAAGCAUAAUGAAGUUACAGUAGCUUAGAUAUGCAACAUACCUUUACAAAAUUUUGUAUUGCUAGUAUAUCAAUAUAUUACUGUAAAAUUCGUAUGAAAUAUUUCGAAUUUAUGCAUUUAAAAUACUCUACAGUGACUGAACAAUCAUACAAUAAUCAUUGUUUUGAUACCGUUGAAAAGGUAUAUCUAAUUUACACAAAUAAGUAUUGUAUAUUACAUGCAACUACUGCAUUUAUAAGCAUUUACAGAAUAUUUUCUGUUAUUGGCGCAAAGAGAAGUAUCAUUGAGACUGUACACUCUGAGACCAAUAGAAGUAUUAAACUUUGUAUUUUAUGAA